AUCUCACUGCCUCUCCCUUUUAUAGUUUUCUCCGCCUCAUUUUGCUCCUCUCUCUCUCUCUCGCUUCUGCUCUGACGGAAGAAAUUCAGAACAUCUGAUCUAAAUUCAGAACCCGGAGUUCGUUCCUUCCCCGUUUGAGCAAUGGCUUUGGUUAUGCACACUUACCCGGGUAACAAAGGUGCCUUCAAGGCACUGAUUGCCGCCGAAUACACCGGUGUGAAGAUCGAGGUGCCCUCAGACUUUCAGAUGGGCGUCACUAACAAAUCCCCAGAGUUCCUCAAGCUGAACCCCAUUGGCAAGGUUCCUGUGCUGGAGACUCCUGAGGGUCCCAUCUUUGAGAGCAAUGCUAUUGCUCGCUAUGUUAGUCGCUUGAAGGGUGACAAUUCCUUGGUUGGAUCCUCCCUCAUCGAAUAUGCUCAAAUCGAGCAAUGGAUUGAUUUUGCUUCCAUGGAGGUUGAUGUUAACAUUUUGAGAUGGUUCGCUCCAAGGAUGGGCUAUGCACCUUUUCUUGCUCCAGCUGAGGAAGCGACAAUCUCUGCUUUGAAGAGAGCGCUCGAUGUUCUGAACACCCACCUUGCUUCCAACACUUACCUCGUUGGACACUCAGUCACCCUCGCUGACAUUGUCUUGGUCUGCAAUAUGUACUUGGGAAUCCGGACCGUCGUGACCAAAAGCUUUACCUCUGCAUUCCCUCAUGUUGAGAGAUACUUCUGGACCUUGGUUAAUCAGCCCAACUUCAAGAAAGUAAUGGGUGAUGUCAAGCAGGCUGAAUCUGUCCCUGCUGUUCCCUCGAAGAAACCUGCCCAAUCUGCUAAGCCUAAGGCCAAGGAAGAGCCGAAGAAAGAAGCCAAGAAGGAAGAGGCACCAAAGCCUGCUGAGGAGGAAGAGGCGCCGAAGCCCAAAGCCAAGAACCCUCUUGACUUACUUCCUCCGAGCAAAAUGAUCCUCGACGAGUGGAAGAGGCUUUACUCCAACACUAAGACUAACUUCCGUGAGGUUGCCAUCAAAGGAUUCUGGGACAUGUAUGACCCGGAGGGAUACUCUCUGUGGUUCUGUGAUUACAAGUACAACGAAGAGAACACCGUUUCAUUCGUGACCCUUAACAAGGUGGGCGGAUUCCUCCAGCGUAUGGACUUGACAAGGAAAUACGCAUUCGGAAAGAUGCUCGUGUGCGGGUCAGAGCCUCCGUUCAAGGUGAAGGGUUUGUGGCUUUUCCGCGGGCAAGAGAUCCCGAAGUUUGUCAUGGACGAGGUUUACGACAUGGAGCUCUAUGAGUGGAAAAAGGUCGACAUUUCUGACGAAGCCCAGAAGGAGAGGGUGAGUCAGAUGAUCGAAGAUGCUGAGCCUUUCGAAGGCGAGGCCCUCUUGGACGCCAAGUGCUUCAAGUAAGGAAAACUAAAAAAUCGAAGGUACGAUUUUGAAGCCUGAGGUUGUAUCUUUCACUGAAUAGGGGUUUGCUUUGUUACUUUUUGUGUUCUAGUCUUCGAACCGCUUGAGUCGUCACUUAGCUGCCGAUGUUUUCUAAUCUAAGAACAUACAUGGUUUUAAAUUAUGUUUUUUUUUACUUCUCAAUUGUGUGAUACAAUUGGGUACGAUACACAAUUUCUCUUUCGA